ACAGCAGCCUCUUACUUCUGCCAUUUGAAGUCUUAGCAGCUACUCCCAUCUACAGCCACCAUGGUGCACCUGUCAGCUGAUGAGAAAUCCGCCAUUAACGCCGUAUGGUCAAAGGUCAACAUUGAAAAUGAUGGCCAUGAUGCCCUGACCAGGCUGCUGGUUGUGUUUCCCUGGACCCAGAGGUAUUUCAGCAGCUUUGGAAACCUAUCCAAUGUGGCUGCCAUCUCUGGAAAUGCCAAGGUUCGUGCCCAUGGCAAGAAGGUUUUGUCUGCCGUCGAUGAAUCCAUCCACCAUUUAGAUGAUAUCAAGAACUUCCUCUCUGUACUGAGCACGAAGCACGCUGAGGAACUCCACGUGGACCCUGAAAACUUCAAGCGUCUUGCUGAUGUGCUGGUGAUUGUCUUGGCUGGCAAACUGGGAGCUGCCUUCACUCCUCAAGUCCAGGCUGCUUGGGAGAAAUUCAGCGCUGGGCUGGUGGCUGCUCUUAGCCAUGGCUACUUCUAAAGAAUUUUUUUCCAUGCAAAGCCCAACAUCUGCUCGCCUGCAACAAAGACAACUCUCACAAUAAGUGCAUUGCUUGUUGUCAAUAAAGAUUUCUUGUCAAACUGC